UGAGAGGUCUUAAUUAUUUUCUCUAAGUGGGGAGAGUGGAAGAGAGAUGAUGGACUGUUAUGAGGUUGGUGGUAGCUCCUCUUGCCAAGACUUUCUCAAGGUUCUUGAGGCUGAUAUUCAGUUUGCCAACAUGUUGGCAGCUUCUAUUCCCGGAGCAAAGGACGGUUCUUAUCUUCAGAUGAAACUCGUUUACAAUCACUUUGCUCCCAUCUGCUUGUUUUUGCUUCAAUGGAUUGAUUGUUCAUGCACAUUUCUACUUUCAAAUUGUCUAAACCUUUUCCACAUUGCUGUCUAUAAGGUAUGCUCAGAUGGGAAGCCAAGUACCAGAAGGAAAGCCACCAUUAGAGAAUUCUAUGCAGCUGUGAUAUUACCAUCUCUUCACCGUCUUCAUGUUAAUUCAUCCGAGGCUAGCAUGACUGGGGAGGAAGGUAACAGCUUCGAGAUGGUAGUGAAGAAGAAAUUAGAAGGUAGGAAGAAGCUUUCGGAAGUGGAUUUCGAGAGAGAGGACGAAUGUGGAAUCUGUUUUGAGCCUUGCACCAAAGUUGUCUUGCCAAGCUGCUGCCACUCAUUGUGUAUCAACUGCUUCCAUGAUUGGAAUACCAGAUCAGAAUCAUGUCCAUUUUGCCGGGGGAGUUUGAAAAGAGUAAACUCAGAAGAUCUAUGGGUUCUCACUUGCCGUAGUGAUGUGGUUGAUACACAAAGAGUGAUAAGAGAAGAUAUUUUGCGCUUCUAUCUCUACAUGAACAGCCUGCCUAAAGAUAUACCAGAUGCUCUUUUCUUGGUGUACUACGAUUACUUAAUCUAGUUCGACAGAAGAUAACAGAAGCACAGAGAUAUUGAAAAUGGCAGACUAUCACAAUGCGCGUGGUCCGGUCAGUUCUUAGUCCAUCUCCUUGAUUCUGAGGAAGCCCAUUUUAAGGAAAAUUUCUGUGAAGGGCAUG